AAAUAUAGAUAGAGGACUUCCCACGCCACUCUCUCUCUGUAUUUUUCUCUCUCUCACUCACACUCUCUCCUCUUUGAUCGAGUCACUUCCCGAGAUUUAGGUUUCUCUGUUUUUGUUGUUUCCAAAUCCAUUGCAUACAUAUACAUAAAUAUAUAUAGCCAUGUCUCUACAAUAAAUUCAUUCAUUCAUAGGUAUAGGAUUGUUCAAUCUGUGAAAGAUCAGUUUUUUUUUUUUUUUUAAAUAAAGUUCAACACAGUUCUGGGUGUUUCAAUUUUUUAGGGUUCUUCUCCUAAUUCAGCUAAGGCCAAGAUCUAACUUUUUGCAUUUCGGUUCUUGUGAAUUACUCCUGAAGCACUUCAACAUUGGAGGAUUGGUUCGUUCUGAUUGAAGAUGAGAACAAUUGUUCGAUCUGUUCGACAAUUUCAAUCAGUUUUUCGGCGUCGAGGAUAUACUAUCUUAACUGGGUUAUCAAGAAAACAAAAUUAUUUGGCUAGUACUUGCUGUGUCUACAGAUUCUCCUACAAUGGUGAAAUUUGUAGAUAUUCAUAUCCAUAUAUAAUCUCAAGAGCUCUGUUUGCUGAUGCUGCUAAAGUAGCUAAUGGAGAAGUAAGCAAAGCAGGGCCUAUGAUUGAGUAUGAGCGUAGAAUUGAAGCGGGUGAUCUUGUGGAUGGGGAUAAUUGUCAGGUAGGCACCAUAAGAGAACUUCAGAGACUUUAUGAUGAACUUGCCAAUUCAGCUGAAGUGUGCCUGGUAGAUCGGUAUGCAGCUUCUGAGAAAGCUAGCAGGAGUAGGUGGUUGUGGUCCCGUUUCAUUCCACAGUCUUCAUACUCACCUGUGAAAGGACUCUAUCUCUAUGGAGGAGUAGGCACAGGAAAAACCAUGCUGAUGGACUUGUUUUUUGAUCAAUUGCCUAGCAGCUGGAGGAAAAAGAGGAUUCAUUUUCAUGAUUUCAUGUUGGAUGUCCACAGCCGCUUGCAAAAGCAUAAGGGUGUGUUGGAUCCCCUUGAAGUUGUAGCAGGGGAGAUAUCUGAUGAAUCAAUUUUGUUAUGCCUUGACGAAUUUAUGGUGACUGAUGUUGCUGAUGCAUUGAUAUUAAACCGUUUAUUUGGACAUUUAUUCAGCAAUGGCUUGAUUCUUGUUGCUACUUCAAAUCGUGCUCCAGACAACCUUUAUGAAGGCGGAUUGCAGAGAGAUCUUUUUCUACCAUUCAUUUCCACGUUGAAGGAAAGAUGUGUAGUUCAUGAGAUUGGAUCAUCAACAGAUUACCGGAAAAUGACUUCGGCUGAGCAAGGUUUCUACUUUGUUGGGAAAGAGCUAACUGGCCUUCUUAAGCAAAAGUUUCAACAUUUAGUUGGGGAACACACAGCACAUCCACAGCAGGUGGAAGUUGUUAUGGGAAGGACGUUACAGGUUCCUGUGGGUGCUAACGGAUGUGCAUAUUUUCCUUUUGAAGAACUGUGUGACAAACCACUUGGUGCUGCGGACUAUUUUGGAUUGUUCAAGAGGUUUCAUACGCUGGCUUUAGAUGGUGUACCAAUUUUUGGACUCCACAAUAGGACAGCAGCAUAUCGGUUUGUCACUCUAGUUGAUGUGAUGUAUGAGAACAAAGCCAGAUUGAUGUGUACAGCUGAGGGGACUCCUGUUGAACUUUUUGAGAAGAUUGUGACAAUCUCUGAUGCUCAACACAAGGCUCCCAGAACUUCUUCAAGAUCGAGGAAAAAUGAUGAUUUGGAUCUUUGCGUGGACAAUGAGUUGGGCUUUGCAAAAGAUCGCACUAUUAGUAGAUUGACAGAGAUGAAUAGCAAAGAGUACUUGGAGCAGCAUUCUGCCAUGCUAAGUUGAGAAGCAGCUCUCACAUGAAGAUAUCGAUGCUGUGAUCGAUGAGAACGCCUUACGAGCAAGCAUGAUAUUGUGGGAACUUAAAUAUUGGUCCAAUACCGGUAAGACCAUUGUUGUCGGUAAGAUUGUAUGUUACAUGGCUUUGUAUGUUACAUGGCUUGAGGUUCAGUGGUUUUGGCGGCAAACCGGAUAUUCAUAUAAUUGAAGCUCUAAUAAUUUUGUUUGUUGAAUAGAAUUGUAAUUGAGCCCUUGUAACAAUAGUUUAAUGUAAUAAAUGUAAUACAAGUUAAUUCCUCAAAAAAAAUAAAUAAAAUGAAAAAAAGAAGAAAGAAAGAAGAGAUGUUCAAGUUGUUUCGAUUUCAUCAAUGA